GACUAUUUUGAUCCAGUUAUUUUUCCAACAGUUGAGCAUGUUCCGUGGCAGGAAUGGAAUAUUCCAGUGCUGCCCGCCCUUAUGGAAGAUGUGAUUAAAGUUCUCUGCGCCAAGGUAGCCACAGGCACCUUUGAAUGCUCUCACACAGUUCCCCCAUUGACAGAACACAUCCUGGAAGACUUUGGAUCAAGAAGAUGCUAUGGACUUCUA